AUGCUAGGAGGAGGUGGCUCGAACAUCUUGCGGGGUGGUAAGCGCUCUUUUGAGUGCAAAACGCUUGUAGGGAACUUCGUGGAGGAGUCCUACCGUCCAGGCGCUGUGAAGGACGUUCGUGAUGGCGGUGCCAGUUACACCAGUAACACACGCAUCCAGAUGCAGGAAGGAGCGCGUAUCAAGGUGCAGGAGUUCGGUGCAGGACUUCGCAAUGCCAACGACACAUCUAAUUACAACUACAGUGAGCUUGUUGGGGCGAACAAGACGAGAGGCUCCGGCACGUGGCAAUCGAUUUCACAGUCGGCAUACAACAAUUCCAGCAAGCCCACGGAGUUCGCAGCACCACGAGAGAUGAAGGGGCGAACGAUGCGGGGCGAAGAACUCCAGAAGCACCGAGAGCGUUGGACCAAUGAAAGCGAAGCACUCGUCAAGACCCGCUACGUUACAGACGCUUCUGUAUCGAUGGACCCCGUCGUGAAUCCGCAAUUCCGCAAAGAGCUUUGCAAGCCGAUACAACCCACGUUUAAGUAGUUAGGAGCCCAU